UCUUCGACAGCUUCGAGGGGUACAACAGCUACAUCCGACUACGUGAGAAGAUACUCACCAACGAGCCAAGAAAUGGGUCUCCAGAAUUCGCCAUUGAGUUCUUCGUCAAUGGAACUACAAUGGCAGAUCUUCUGCGAGAUGUCCAGGUGGAGCUUAGGAACAUGAUCACGACAAACGUGAAGGACCAGGUGUCGAGAGCGUAUGGCCAGCAACUGGUGGCAAUCAUGCUGCUAGUUUUGGUGCUUAUUGUCUCGCCGAUCAUCAUUCUGCUCGUGCGCAAAAUUGCCUUGACCAUGCAGAAUUUCACCGAGAUGGUGGCAGCUAAAACCAUGGAGAUUUCGCGAGAGAAAAAGAAGGCGGACCGCUUGCUGUACCAGAUGCUGCCGGAGCCGAUCGCCAGGCAGCUGAAGGGAAAAGGACAGGUACCUGCCGAGUCCUUCGAAUCUGUCACCGUCUACUUCAGCGACAUCGUGGGCUUUACCAAAAUCUCGUCACAGAGCUCUCCCAUGCAGGUUGUGACGUUUCUUAACGUGCUGUACAAGCUGUUUGACAGCCGGAUAGAUCGGUACGAUGUCUACAAGGUCGAGACUAUAGGCGACGCAUACAUGUGCGUCUCGGGACUACCUAGUCGAAACGGUGAUCAGCAUGCGAGUGAAGUGGCUGACAUGUCGCUCGACCUGCUGCAAGGCAUCCAGAAGUUCGAGGUGCCGCACAUCAAAGGCCAGCUGGUGCAGAUACGGAUCGGCCUCAACACGGGGCCGUGCGUGGCAGGUGUGGUGGGCACCAAGAUGCCUCGUUACUGCCUGUUUGGUGACACCAUCAACGUGGCAUCGCGCAUGGAGUCGACCGGACUUCCACAAAUGGUGCACGUCAGCGACACCACGCACGAGCUCCUGGCCAAGACUGGCGGAUAUAAGCUUGAAUUUAGAGAGGAUGUCGAAAUCAAGGGAAAGGGCUCAAUGCCCACUUACUGGCUGCUGGAGAAGGUGGGAGGCAUCAGCCGCGCGUUGGAGAUCAACACCCCAGGCUUCUUUGACGCCAACCAGCUGCCUGAGUUCAUGAACCGUGACCUCUACAAUCAGGAUUAAGCCAGCCUGCAAGUCUGAUGAACAGGGAAUUUCAUACGCUGAGCAAAGAUGGGGCGACGAUUAACACGGUGGUAUGAUGGAGACGUUUGCCCCUCGAUCUUGCUGAUACAAAGAGAGGCACCAAACUCUAAGUCCGGUGGUGACGCCACGGUUUGAUGUGCA